AUGGAACAUAACAGUGAUAAAAUAGAUAAAAAGAAACAUUUUCUAAAAAUAAAAUUAUGCAUUUUUUCUAUUAUAAUAUUGGGGAUUCAAUAUUAUAACAAUGAUAAUGUAUCAUUUAAUAAUGUAGAAAUAAAUAAUAACUCAUUAAUCUUCCCGUUUAAAAAUGGUCGUAAUUUAGCUGGAUCACCAAAGCGUAAUAAUAAAUUAAAAAUAAAAACAAAAUAUAAGCCCGUUGAGAAGAAUGACACUGAAUCAGAUGAAGAAUCCGACGAUGACUCAGAUGAUGACUCAGAUGAUGACUCAGAAGAAGAAUCUGAUGAUGAUUCUGAGGAUGACUCUGAUGAUGAUUCUGAUGAAGAGUCAGAUGAUGAAAAAGCAAAAAAAAAAUAUAAAACUAAUAACAAAUCAGAAAGUAAAUCUUAUAAAAAAGUGAUUCAAGAAAACUAUGGUGAUUCAAGCGCUCAACACCCAACUUUUCCAUCAAAACAUGAGAUGGAAAAAAAGAAUAAUAAUUCACCACCUCCUGGCUUACUAAUACCCGGCCUACCAAUGCCAACGGAAGAUGAUAUAAAACAAAUGAUGCAAAUGUUUGGACAAGGAAUGCAACAAGAAAUGCCGAAACCAAGUAACAAUCGUGAUCAUACUAAAAAACAUAAUAAUAUGCCCCCACUACCACCUAUAAGUGAAUUACUACCAAUAAUGAAUAUGCUUGGUUUCCCGACUAUUUUACCUCCUAAUAAACCAUCGUCAAAUACAAAUUGUGAUUGUUCUAGCUGCAAAAAAGAUAAAAAAAAAAUUAGUAAAAAAAAAGGCGCUAAACCACAUAAUCUGCAUAUGUCUAUUAUAUCAUCUAUUAUUAAACAAGGCAUGGAAUAUCUUCCAGUACUAAUGCCAAUAUUGCCAACAUUUUUGUUAAUGUUUUUUGGAUCUAGAAUAGCAUAUGUAGUAUUAUAUACACUGUCUUUAUUAAAAGAUGCCUACAAUUUUAUACAAGUUAAAAGAAUUCAAUAA